CCUCGAGCGAUCCCGGAGUAGCUGCCGCGGUGCCCGCCCCCUCUCUCCGCCCCUCCAGCGGAGCUGGUCUCCGGCCGGGCACCGUCGCGGGCCCCCCUGGCCCGGCCACCUGGGUUUGUGCUGGGGAGUCGGCUACCUCUCUCUCCCCCAGGCCCGCAAAGUUUGUGGCGAAGCCGGCGCCGGGGCAGAGUGUGUCCGGAGGGCAGUUCGAGGAGCGCGGAUGCCGGGCGGCAGGAGCCGUUGAGUUGGGACGCCGCCGUCCGGGGAAGGAGCGCCGAGAACCGACCACCCCGCCGCCUCCGGUGCAUGGGGACCAGCUGAGUAGCCAGCAUGGGCAACUGCGUGGGGAGACAGCGCCGGGAGAGGCCGGCCGCCCCGGGACACCCCCGCAAACGAGCAGGACGCAAUGAGCCCCUGAAGAAGGAGCGGCUCAAGUGGAAGAGUGACUACCCCAUGACCGAUGGGCAGCUGCGGAGCAAACGGGAUGAGUUCUGGGACACCGCACCAGCUUUUGAGGGCCGCAAGGAGAUCUGGGAUGCCCUCAAGGCUGCCGCCUACGCUGCUGAGGCUAACGACCACGAGCUGGCUCAGGCCAUCCUGGAUGGAGCCAGCAUCACCCUGCCUCACGGCACCCUCUGCGAAUGCUAUGAUGAGCUGGGCAACCGCUACCAGCUACCCAUCUACUGCCUGUCGCCGCCUGUGAACCUGCUGCUGGAGCACAUGGAGGAGGAGAGCCUGGAGCCCCCCGAGCCCACCCCUAGCGUGCGCCGUGAGUUUCCACUGAAGGUGCGCCUCUCCACAGGCAAGGACGUGAGGCUCAGCGCCAGCCUGCCCGACACAGUGGGCCAGCUCAAGCGGCAGCUGCAUGCCCAGGAGGGCAUUGAGCCGUCCUGGCAGCGAUGGUUCUUCUCUGGGAAGCUGCUCACAGACCGCACACGGCUCCAGGAAACCAAGAUCCAGAAAGAUUUUGUCAUCCAGGUCAUCAUCAACCAGCCCCCACCACCCCAGGACUGACGGGCCCACGGAUGCCUGGGAAGAGAGUCCAUGGAGGGCCUCUGCAGGGCAGAGAGGCCCCCUGGAGUGCUAGGCCCCCACCCAGCUGCUGCCUUUGAGUGCUGUUUCUUUCAUCAGGGGCACUUCCCUGGUGUAUGGCUGCUGGGUGGGCCAUGAAGUACCCUGCCUCCUGGGGCACUGUGGGCCUCCAGUGCCCAGCACCCAGGAAGCAGUGCUGCCACACACAGGCCUUGCCAACCAUGUCAGAGAAAAGGCCUCUCUCCCACAGCAGGUUCAAGCCAUGAAGGCCAGCCCAGAGGUCUCUGGAGCCCAGAUCUGUCAUCUGGUGCUGCCAGCUGUGCUCACUCCGGUUUUCUGCUCAGGGUCUGAAGCAGCUGCUGUCCCCUCCUUUGCCCCACCCCCUGGCUCUGCCCUGGGCACAGUGCCAGUCCCCUGGAGGGGAGGGAGAUACCAGUGAGCCCCAGGGCUCAGGAAGCCUGAGGCAGGCCUCUGCCUCUCCCUGCCUCCAGCACAAUUGGCAGAGAUGAGAGACAUGUGGCCGACAGCUGGGCAUUGUGGCAGGGGUCUGCACAGAGCCAUCUUCUGGCUGUGUAACCCAAGUGGUGGGGGGUUUACAGCCUGGUCAUGGCCCCCACAGCAGGUCCCUGUGUACAGACAUAUCUGCCUAUUUAUCAAUAAAGCCUUUUGCUCCUUC